AUGGCAAAUCGGCUGCCCUCGCGGGCGGUCGGCCAGCGGCCACAGCGGCAGUACCUCAACAAAGCGACGGAGUUCUUUUUCCGCGAGCUGGACAAAGGCCUCUCGUCGCCGUGCGUGGUGCUCUCGCUGGGCGCGCUCUUUGCCGUGGCGGGGUGGAAAUUUCUUGACUACUACGUCGAGCCGAACCGUCAGCAGAACGCGGUGUGGCGGCGACCGCAGUCACGCGUGCCGCUGAGUGACUCGCACAACACAUUCUGGGGCCUCGGCAUCGGCGGCGACGAGUGGCGCGGCAUACCGGGUGGCCGCCACACCGCGGAGAGCAUGACGGAAGGCGCGGAGGAGGCGCUGCGGCGUCCCACGCUGGUGGACAGCGAGAUGAGUGAGCUGCCGGACGGCGGCGGGUCGGACCAGAGCGUGGUGUGCAUGCAGCUGCCGGAGUACGACGCGCGGCUGGGCGACGAUGUGGUGUACCGCAGCGUGCACUACGUCCCCGGACUGGCACUUGGCAGCGGGCGAAGCGGUACAUCUACUGCUCCAGUAGCAACAAAAGCAAAGGUAGAGGAGGGUGCGGAGGAGGAGGAGGAGACGUCGCCGUAUCUCUCCCGCAUGCCGGCACGUGGCGCAUCUAUCAUCCAUGGCAUGGUGAAAUGCAAAGCCAUCACGUCGCUGAACAACUGUGUGCCGUACGCCGGGCACCUCGAGGGCGAGUACGCGCGGAAGAUGAUGCUGGCGCUCGGCCCUGUCCACAUCCUGCGCGACAUUGCGCAGACCUCCUUCCCGCUGCGCCUGACCACCGCGAGGGAGGCACCGGUGUCGGCGCUUGUCUGCGGUCUGCACAGCGGUGAGAUCCCGCGCUGGUUGAGCAACGCGUUCCCGAACUUCCGUGUCGACGUUGUCGAACGAGACGGCACUCUUGCCCGCGUCUGCCGCCGCUUUCUUGGCUUCCAGGAGUCUGGCAACCUGCGCCUCUUCAUCGCGGACCCCGCCGACUUCCUUCGCCGCACUGCCGUGCAGGACGUGGGGCGGCGCUACGACCUCAUCAUGGUUGACGCCAUUGACGGUGCGGGGCGGCUUAGCACGCAGUACGGGCACCUUGAGUUCAUCAACAGCAUCCGCAACAGUCUGACGGGCGCAGGCUGCGUCAUCAUGUCACUCCCCAACCGCGACGGCGCGUUCCUGUACAACGUUGUGCAGAAUUGGCGUAUCGCCUUCCCCGGGCGGACGGUUAUCCUCGUGCACUGCGUCACAUCCCCACACACGAUGCUCAUGACCUUCCAGGACGAUGCAGGGCGCGGCAAGGCGAACUUCGGCACCAUCGCUAAUGCGGAGGAGUUCAGGGACCUGCUGCGCACCAAACUCGCGCACUACGGCCCGAGACGUGUGCCGUUCGACCUCACCCGCGAGGUGUCGCAGGAUUCGUUCCGUAUUCUUCAUCCCAGCACGGUGUACCCGAUCGAGGCGUACCUGCCGGUCGGCCACCCGGAGCUGCGAGACGCUGCUGCUGCUGCUCGUGGUGGUAGUAGUAGUGGCGGCGGGGGCCAGUUGGGUGGGUGGAGUGCGUGGCUGCGGCAAUGGAGCAGCGCGUGGCUCACGCCGUCGCAGCGCGCUGAUCUGCGGCGGAUGGAGCGAUGA